CUUACUAUUAGUCUUCUGCGUCAAUCUCCCUGUGCUUCUGAAUGUGAUAGCUUUUCUUCAAUCUUCAAUCGUUCUAAACGUGACUUUUUCUCCGAUCCUUCUUCGCAUUUACUGUAACCAUGGGUAUUCCGAUGUUCUGGGAGCCUUCCCCGACCGAAGACACGAGAAACCACGCUGCCAAAGAUAGCUGCGCUGCCGCACGCUCUGCGAUUCGUCGUCAGGUCAGCGUUCGCCGCCCUUCGCGCUAUGGCUCUGUCCUGCGCAAUGCAACUUUACGAACAAUUUCCCCACGAACCCUGACAGAGGAGAUUGAGCGCGAGCGGGAACGCGAGCGCGACUCGAAUAACCCACAGCGCCAUGGUCGCUCGCCUAUCAUCCCUCGGGCGCUGGCGUUAGCAGACGAGGUCGAACGCGCACGCGAGCGCGAGGCGAACGGCAUACAGCGUCAUGUUCGCUCGCCUCUUUCGAAUGCUGCUGCCGCCGAAGAUCCGUUCAACCUCACCAGUGGAUUUCUAGACCCUCUACGAUCUCGGAACGCACGCCGCAAUGAACAACGGCGGCUUGAUAACGCUCUUCAGCAAGGCCGCUCAGGUCAACAACGCCUGAGGAUACCGCGCAAUUCGAUGACGUCCGACUUUCAGCGCCCCGCUUCUCCCGGUCUAGAUACCAACAACAGGCAGGAUCAGGAUCACCCUCAAUUCACGCCUCGCUUUGCCCCUGCAGUCGCAUACCACGGGAGCGCUUCUUCACAUGCGCGACGAGAUGCUCUCCACCUGUCGCCCUUCCCCUUGCCUGAUGGCCUGGGCCCAGAUCUGUCUGCGACACUUGCUUUCCCUUCCUUGCGGCGUGUUGGUCAGCGGUCCAUCAAUGAUGCCAGUCGUUCUAAUCACGAAUCACUUAUAGACGGUCUAGGCGAUCGCCAAAGGAGCCUCAGCCCUGAUGAUGACCACGCCAACGAUGCAUGGGAAACACUUUUGACGACGAUCACGCCUGACACAAAUCUCCCAAGUGCUGAUUCAUCGUUCAAUUCAACAUCAGCGCCCGGAACAAACUUUCCUGUGAACGGAGCAAUGAGGAGCACCGCCGCCGGAAUGCGGCCCGUUUCAAACUCAACGUACUCGGGUCCUGGAACAAUGGAGAUAGUUCUUGAUCCAUAUCCAGAAUACUUGAAUCCAUGUGACUUCCCGCCGAGUGCUACCGAUUCCGAAAGCGACUCAGAAUCUGAGACUUCGCAUUCCCUGAUUCGGCGCUACCGUGCUGUGCGUCAACUUGAGUCUUUGAGGCGAGCUGUGGAUUUUCAGGGGGCCAUGAUACGCUCCCAGGGGACCGCAAGACGAGCACCCGAAGUUCAGUCAACUAUGAGUAGCCAACCUCCGAUACCCACUGUUUCGUUUGCCUUUUCCGAUUCUUCUACCGACCAAGACUUGCAUCAGGUUCAGGCCGUGCUGGACCGUCUCACAAGCCGGCAGGACCUUCCUGACGAUUUUUGGGCGUCCGUUGGAUUGUCUCGCACUUUCGGUCAGCGUGAAACUGACGAGCUAAACGAGGAGCCAAACGUCGCCGACACAAUCGACGGACCGAUUAGUCGUAGCUAAACAGCAGCCCCCUUCAUUCGUAUUUUCCCCAUCUGUUUUAUUUUGGUUGUGGUUGUGGAAUUUUGAUAGACAAUACCUGUUAUGCUUCACCCAAGAUACCGGGCAACGCGCAGACUUCAAUGGUUGAGUUUCUCUUUAGCGGGGAUGAUGUUUUGCUGGGCGUUAGCGGUGUGUUCUGAUACUCUUUUCCAUCAAGGGCGGCGGGCACCACCUGAUACGG